AGACUGAAGGUAUAAAUAGCAGUACCAGGAACAACUAGUAAGCCAUUCUAAAUAUUCACUUCAACGAUGAGAUUGUGCCUUCUUGUGCUGGGCUGCGUGAUAGCUGCCAGCGCCUGGCCGGUCGACCAACUUACGGUUCGAGAUCAUGGCAUCAAUGGAUGGUUUGUCCCUCAAAGGGAAGGUGGUCUAAGAUGGAUUGGUAAAGCGGAGGCGGAGCGCCAAUUGGAAUACUACGAGGCUCAGGAGGCUUUGGAAGGUCGUCUGUCCACCAACACGGUUAAUUUCUACCUCUACACGCUGCAGAAUCCUAGCACUGGACAGCAGAUCAAGGCUACCCAAGCCUCCAUCAAUGGCUCUUUUUUCAAUCCCAAAAAUCCAACUAGAAUCACCAUUCACGGUUGGAACUCAAACUACAAGGAUGGGGUGAACACCAGGAUAGCCGAUGCCUGGUUCCAGUACGGCGACUACAACAUGAUUGCAGUAGACUGGUUCCGUGGGCGUUCCUUGGAGUACGCUACCUCUGUGGCCGGAGCCCCAGGAGCUGGAAAGAAAAUAGCCGCACUUGUGGACUUCCUAGUAGAGGGAUACGGCAUGAGCCUGGACACUCUGGAAAUUGUGGGCUUUAGUUUGGGCGCCCACGUUGCAGGACACACCGCCAAGCGGGUGAACUCUGGCAAGGUGGGAAAAAUCGUGGGCUUGGAUCCUGCCUCUCCCCUCAUUAGUUACUCAAAGACCGAAAAGCGUCUGUCCAGCGAUGAUGCAUUGUAUGUGGAGUCAAUCCAGACAAACGGUGCCAUUUUGGGCUUCGGCCAGCCAAUCGGAAAAGCUGCCUUCUACAUGAACGGCGGUAGAUCACAGCCUGGUUGUGGUAUCGAUAUAACCGGCAGUUGCUCACACACCAAAGCUGUUCUGUAUUACGUGGAGGCGCUGCUGUGGAACAACUUUCCUUCGAUGAAGUGCGAAUCCACCGCGGACGCCAACAAGAACAACUGUGGCAGUACAUACAGUUCAGUUAUGAUGGGUGCUACCAUAAACUUCUUUGUCGCAGAAGGUAUCUUCUACGUGCCGGUAAACAAGGAAUCCCCUUACGGACUUGGAGAAGUGAACAAUGGCGGAGAGUCUACAACAGCUGCUCCUGAAGUUACUUCUACUACUGAUAAUGGUGAAGAUGAGUCGACGACCGUGGUCUCCACAUCGACGACAACGGGUAAGCCAGAGGAGUCGACAACCGAAAAACCCGAAGAGGAUUCCACAACAAACAAAAAGCCCGAAGAAUCCUCUACUACAACCGAACAGCCCGAAGACUCGACUACAACAACCGGAGAACCAGAAGAUUCAACUACGGAAGCCCCAGAAGACGAAAAUACGACCGCUACUCCAAGAGAUGGAGGAGAGGAAUCGACGACAGAAGAGCCCGAAACGACCACAGAAGAGCCAGAAGAGACCUCUACAUCACCAAGUGGUACUGAGGAUUCAACAACUGAGGAGCCUGAGGAAGUUUCUACUACACCCAAAGAAUCCGAGGACUCCACCACCACAAGUCCUGAGGAGGAUGAUACUACGUCAGCACCUGGCGAAGAUGAUGAUACUACCGUAGCUCCAGGAGGUGACGAAGAGGAAACAACCACCGAGGACCCCGAAGAAACCUCUACAUCACCCAGUGAUACUGAGGAUUCAACAACUGAAGAGCCCGAAGAAGAUACUACUACACCCAAGGAAUCCGAUGAGUCCACCACUACAAGUCCUGAGGAUGAUGAUACUACGUCAGCACCUGGCGAAGAUGAUGAUACUACCGUAGCUCCAGGAGGUGACGAAGAGGAAACAACCACCGAGGACCCCGAAGAAACCUCAACAUCACCCAGUGAUACUGAGGAUUCAACAACUGAAGAGCCCGAAGAAGAUACUACUACACCCAAGGAAUCCGAUGAGUCCACCACUACAAGUCCUGAGGAUGAUGAUACUACGUCAGCACCUGGCGAAGAUGAUGAUACUACCGUAGCUCCAGGAGGUGACGAAGAGGAAACAACCACCGAGGACCCCGAAGAAACCUCUACAUCACCCAGUGAUACUGAGGAUUCAACAACUGAAGAGCCCGAAGAAGAUACUACUACACCCAAGGAAUCCGAUGAGUCCACCACUACAAGUCCUGAGGAUGAUGAUACUACGUCAGCACCUGGCGAAGAUGAUGAUACUACCGUAGCUCCAGGAGGUGACGAAGAGGAAACAACCACCGAGGACCCCGAAGAAACCUCAACAUCACCCAGUGAUACUGAGGAUUCAACAACUGAGGAGCCCGAAGAAGAUACUACUACACCCAAGGAAUCCGAUGAGUCCACCACUACAAGUCCUGAGGAUGAUGAUACUACGUCAGCACCUGGCGAAGAUGAUGAUACUACCAUAGCUCCAGGAGGUGACGAAGAGGAAACAACCACCGAGGAUUCUGAGGAUUCAACAACUGAAGAGCCCGAAGUUUCUACUACACCGAAAGAUUCCGAGGAGUCGACCACUACUACGUCAGCACCUGGCGAUGAUGAUGAUUCAACAACCGAGGAGCCCGAGGAAGAUACUACAACGACCAAGAAGCCAGUUGAACCCUCAACUACAACCGAAGAACCUGAGGAUUCGACUACUGAAGUUCCCGAGGAGUCUACAUCAGAAGAACCCGAUAAGAAUACCACAUUAACGGAAGAGCCAGAGGAGACAUCUACAACAAACGCAGAACCGGAAGUAUCGACUACCGUUGAACCGGAUGUUGAUAGUACUGUUGAUCCAGAAGGUGACAAGUCGACAACGGAGGACCUCGUGGAUGUAUCCACAACCCCUGUUCCCACUGAGCUUCCUUCGACAACGGGUGUCCCUCCUGAAGUUCCCAUCACCACCCUGGCUCCAGAAGUUCCCUCAACACCACCACCGAAAGAUGGAAAUACCAAGAACAUCUUCAUUUUUAACGUGUUUUUGGUGAAUGUUAAGAUAGAAAACAAAAGUUAAAAGUGAGGCAAUGGUUCUUACUUAGUUUCCCGCCCAUUUGGCGAAGAGAAAAUAACAAUAAAAUUCAAAUAAUACUGCAAGUCCAUUAUUAAA